AUGCCCUUAUUCAAUUCCUGUCGACCGCUCGUGCGUAUCUCCGACCUCCAAUUCCCCGUGAUCCAGCAUGACCCAGCACGCCUACGAGACGCGCUACCGCCGCCGCCGGCGAGUUGCGGCCAGAGCGGCUUCCCCUCCCGGCGCCCCGCCCAACAGCGGCGACAUCCUCCAGGAAAUCUUCCUCCGCUUGCCCCCGUUGCCCUCGUCCCUGCCUCGUGUCUCCCUCGUCUGCAAGCGGUGGCGCCGCCUCGCCGCAGACCCUGAGUUCCUCCUCCGCUUCCGCGCCCACCACGGGAAGGCGCCCCUCCUCGGGCUCUUCAACGAUCACGGUGGGUGGGUCUCUUUCAACCCCGUCCUCGACCCUCCCGACCGCAUAAGCCGCGAGCGAUUCACCUUCACCCUGCGGACUGACUGCCGUGGCGCCCAGACCUACUACCCCAACCAUGGUACGCUUCUCGGGUGCCGCCACGGGCGCCUCCUCAUCCUCAACCACAGGGAGCCCGAGGUCCUCGUGUGCGACCCCAUUACCGGGGAACAGCGCCGCAUCGCUGUUCCGCCGGAGUUCGGCGAGCGCUCCAUCCACCCUUCCAGGACUAAAGGAUCCGUGCUCUGCGCUGACGGCAGGCAGGGGCACGUGCACGGGGGCUGCCACUCCAGCCCCUUCAAGCUAGUUCUGGUGCAAACCUUCUUCCAAGAACACGCAGGCCGAACCUCUGCCUGCGUUUACUCGUCGGGGACCGGCAAGUGGAGCGGUCUCAUCUCGGCGGCGGAACAGUUUAACUGUAACGUUGAUUUUUAUCGCCCGGCAACCCUUGUUGGUGCUUCGCUUUGCUGGUGGCUUCCAGAUCCGUAUGAUAGUAGGAGUAUGAAAAUACUUGAGUUUGAUACUGGUAGGCAGAGUCUGUCCCUGAUCGGCAGCCUUCCUGUUCCAAAUUUUGACAUACAUUGCAGCCAGAUCAUCAAGGGAGAGGAUGGUGGCGUUGGAGCCGCCACAUUGUCAUACCCCAACCUCCAGUUGUGGGAUUGGAAACUCGAUUGUGGUGCUGGUGUAUGGAUCGUCCGGAAGGCCGUUCAUCUUGAGCUGCUGCCGAAUAUUUUGUCUGGGAAAGCUCUGAUAGUGGGUUAUGUCGAGGAUGAUGAUGCGAUUCUUAUAAAGUUCAACUUCAACCACAGUAUCUUCAUUGUUCAACUUGACUCGAUGCAGUCAAGUAAACUCUGUGAAAGCGCAAUGGCACGCCAAUAUCAUCCUUUCACAAGUUUCUACUCUUCAGGUGAGUUUGGUUGCUGCAAAGGUCUUGCUAGCGACCCUAGUACAACUCCAUCUAUUGAGCCAUCGAAGCAGCAGGUUCCGACACUCCCUGUAGGAAAGAAAGCUAGAAGAGCAAGGUAGGCCAGCUUCAGGUUCGCUGUCCAUGAAGAAGGGGGGCAUGCUUGGGAGUGCCGUUGUCCACACUCUGCGAUCGGAUCCAUAGAAGACUGGGACAAUGAAAACUCAUACAAUACAAAAGGGAAAACUCAGUGCAUGAAAUCAGAUUUCUAACGUCGUAUAAGAGAUUCUCUUAUUGAUUCGUAAGAUUGGACUUGACCACGUCUUUGGGCGUC